AUGGAAACCCUGGCCUCUGUUUGGGCCCGCGACCCCCGCGACCCCCGUGACCUCGGGGACCUCGGAGAGAAGCGGCACGAGCCGCCGACCGCGUGGGAGCCUCAGUGCCUCUUUAACGACUCUCCACCUGCUGGUCUGAUGUGGACAGAGCAGCUCUCCCCCCACCUCCAGAGAAACAAACAGCUCCAGGACACGCUGCUGCAGAGAGAGGAGGAGCUGGCCAGACUGCAGGAGGAGAACAACAAGCUCAGAGAGUUCCUGGGGUCUUCAUUUGUCAGGAACCUCGAGGAAAAGGCUAAAAAACUAACCACUGACGGGAGGAGGAAGCUGAAGAGAAACCUGAUCGAUGUGGAUGAAGGACCUUUCCAGAACUGUGCUCAUCAGCUCAUGGCCUCCCAGCAGGUCAGCAAGAGAGUCUGCAGGAACCUCACUGCCGAGUUCUGCUCCGAGUCCGCCGAAGCGCCUGCCUCCUCAGAACCAAACCUGGACCUCUGGGUUCUACGAACGCUGGGACUGAAGGACCGGGACACCAUCGACACAUCCAGUGACUCCUUGUCCUCACCUGUAUACAGCUUGAGAAGUUUAGUUCAUGAUGCGGCAGUCACCUCUUCCUCGUCCUCCGGAGUCACGCUCACGUCUUUCAGCCCUUCAGCUGCCACUUCUGCGUCCUCUUCCGCCAACAGCUACUGCCAAAGCUCGACACGUCGAACUGAUUAUAGGUACAGUGCCGCCAAAUGCCAAGAAGCAAACUGUGCUAAUCCUGCCAGGUCGGCUCAGAACUGCACGACUUCUCCGAGUCAAUGCUCUGACUUCACUGCCACUGCACCGACCGGACAGUACGAAGCUCCUGAGGCUGCGAUCAGGAGCUACAACACAUCAACUGCCUUCCAAUCUCCGCUAACAGAAGAAUUCCCCUUCACCCAGUCACCAGACAGAGCAGAGGUCUGUCGAGCACAAACCCUGGAGGGAAACCCAGCAGAACAUCCGGCGUACUGGGCUUCACUUAGAGGCAGCCGGACACCAUCACAGGACACGAUCCAGUUCAGUCCACCAGGAGAGAGAAUCCAUUUCUCUCCCAUUUCGUCUUCAAGUCCAGUCACAAAGCAAACCUGGACACCUGUUGGAGGCUGCAGCCCAACGAGCCCGUCAGCAGGUUCUCAGCCUCCCGCCACGCCUCAGACGCCUCGCAGCCGGACAGAUUUGGCGUUCAGUAUGUCCCUCAGCCCGUCCAGCAGCGUCAAGACCCACAGCUUCCCCCAGGGACAAGCCUUCAUCAGAAAGGACACAGAGGGAAGGUGGAACUUCACCUGGGUGCCCAGGCAAGGACCAUAGGCAGCUUGUUGGUCUCC